AUGGAGACGAACGUGGCCAUAAUUUGUAUAGCCAAAAUUUUUCAAGAAUCUCUACAUUAUAUUUAUAAUGAUGAAAAUAUAGAUCUACAAAUAAUAAUAGAUCAAAUAGAAGCUUUGAGAAGCAAUCCUCAACAAAUUCGCAAAAUAGAAGGAUAUGUGGAAUUUGUAAUUCCCUUACUCAAUAGCAUGCAGUUCCAAUCUCACUUUCGAAUGCUACCGUCAACAUUUGAAUUUAUUUUGAGAAAAAUUGGAAAGAAACUUAUUCGCAGUAUUGAAAGGAAUGAAAUGAUACCUGCAGAAAAGCAGCUUCUAUUGAGCUUAUGGCGUUUUGCGACUCCAGAUUCAUAUAGAUCUAUAAUCCAACGAUUUAAUGUUGGUCAUGCCACCGCUAUAAGAGCUGUGCGUCGUGUUAGUGCAGCAUUAUGCAAGCUUUCGUCACAAUACAUAGUAUGGCCCACAGGGAAUAACAUUGAAGAAAUUGUGUUUGGUUUCUCCAGUAUAAGUAAUUUUCCUAAUACAAUUGGAGCCAUAGACGGCACUCACAUUAACAUUCCUGCACCGAAGGAAAAUGCAGAGGCCUAUGUAAAUAGAAAAGGUCGUCAUUCAAUUCAACUUCAGGCUGUUUGUAAUCACAGAAGGCUGUUCACACAUAUUUAUGUUGGAAAUGUAGGUUCGGUCCAUGAUGCUCGUCUAUUCCGCUUAUCACCUAUUGAAGAAUAUAUCAAUAAUGCAGGAAAGUUUCCUGACAAUACACAUUUGAUUGGAGAUGCUGCUUACAGACUGCAUCAGCAUCUUUUAACUCCAUAUACUGAUAAUGGACAUUUGACACAACGUCCAAAAAAUUAUAAUUAUUGUCAUUCUUCAAGUAGAAUGGUGAUUGAACGAGCAUUUGCUCUUUUAAAAUGCCGCUGGAGAAGUCUUUUACAAUUAUUGGCAAUGAAUGACAUCGAAAUUAUACCUUACCAUAUAUUAGCAUGUUGUGUACUGCACAAUUUUUGUCUACUAAAAAAGGAUGGACUGGAAUUUCAAGAUGGCAUCAUUGUUGAAGAAGUUCAAGAAACAGAAUUAUUACAAAGAUUCGAAUUGGAGAUGGAUUAUUGCUGUCCAGUGUAA